CUUAUAUAAAGAUAAACCAUAACUAGAUAACAUGUUGAAUUUCGCAAAACCGUUGCCUAAAGAUCACGCCGAAGUAGCCAGACAAAUCAAGUCCAGGCUUUUCGACGAAGAACGCAAGAAAAGAAUAUUUAACCCUGCAUCAAGAACUAUUGGUAUCGACAAGGAUGCUCUCGAUCGACAAGUUCAUGAAAAAAAAAUGUUGCGGGAACAGGAAAAAGCUAAGGAAGAAGCGUAUUCUAAAAAGUUACUGCAAGAUUGCGCGACUUCGAUUAGACUCGACGAACAAAAUAGAAAAAAACAGAAACAAAUAGAUUUAGAAAUAUUGGACUAUAGAAGAAAACACCAAGCUCCAGAAACGCGAAGGGAGUACGACUUGAAUGAUCCUUUGCAGUUCAAGAAAGGACAACCGAGCCGGAUUGACGACCACGACCCUAGGGUGACUGUAUCUUCUGGCCAACGAUUUGAAGGUGAAGAGGGUAACUCUAAGGAAUAUAGGAACGAACAGAUACAACAGCAACGCGUUUGGUUAGAGAUGCAAGUACGAGAAAAGAGAAUAGCCGACGAAGAGGCUAAAAACGCCGAGAGAACGUGGCAAGAAAUAGAAGAGAUGACGGCUCAGAGAGCACAAUCGUUAGCUUGCCUAGAAAACGAAUGCAGAAAAAAAUUGGUGGAAGCUACUUAUCGAUACAACCAAGCGUUGGCUGCCGAGAAAGAGAUGAACAAACGAAUCGCCGAGACAGAAAAUAACGAAGACAAAAUGGCCGAAGUGUACAACGCUAUGACGGGAGAUUUCCUGACAGAGAACCCGGAACUCGGAUUUAACAGUGCCUUGGGACCCGGUAAGAUUUGCAAGUCCCUGUACAAAGGAUUGACUCCAGCCAUGAAACAAGCCAUAUACGAAGAACAAGCCAAGCAGAGACAUGAAUUAAAAAUCAAAAGAGAAGCGUUUGAAAAACGUGAAAAAGACUGGGCGGAACUGUUGAACAUGUUGGCCAAAUGCGGUACGCUCAGUGAUCGAGAAAUGCAAAGAAAAAAAUGGACGUUGGAACAAGAAAUUACCGACUUCAAUCUUAGGCUAGCAAACGAAAAGAAAAAAGAACAGGAAUACUUUAACAACGUGUUGUACAAGGGUCAAGCGUCGGAGGAAUUCUUUAAUCAAUUCAACAAAACCACCCGUUGACUUAAAUAACUGUUUAUGCAUGAAUAUGGUAUUUGAAUUACAAUAA